GAAUAGAAACAGUAGUCACCAAUGCACUACCUUCUGAUCUUCUGGAAAUAGCUCCUAAGACAUACGAACAACCAAUUCCUUCAAGUGUGCUCGUAUGUUCUGGAAGUUACAUGCAUGUACAACUCAGGAAACAAGACCUCCAUGCAUUGGGCUACAAUCCAUGGCGUUUGCAUCUGAAUCACAAUUCCUGUACAUGUCAAACUACUCCAAUCUAUGUCUUCUGCAAGAUACCACUCCAUGGUUGUGGCACAGUAAAACAACAGGAACGUUCUGGUACUAUGGUAUAUUCCAAUGUAAUCAAGAUACCUGCCUCUAGUGAUACCAUUAUGAGGAAAAAACAUGUCAACGAGGAAACGAUAAUUAUAUUUCAUGUUACAUGUGGAAUGAAUGGAGACAAAAUUUCAAGACAAAAUUUAGUUGCCAAAAAUGAUAUUACAAAACAUCACAGCAAAUACAACAUUAAUAUUUCAUUCUAUGACUUCUCUUUCAAAACUCCCAUCUACAAUCAAUACUUUGUUCAUCAACAUCAGGACGUAUUCCUCCAAGUCUCUCUCCACAGUCCUGAUCCAAAGUUGGUAUUGUUUAUGGACACAUGUGUGGCAUCUCCAGACAUUAAUGACUUCACUACCUUGACCUAUGACUUGAUCAGAAGUGGAUGUGUACAAGAUUUUACCUAUCAGGAACUGCCUUCACCAAGCAACAAUGUUGUUCGCUGUAAAUUCAAUGCCCUUAAGCUGCUUAAGAAGCACAAUGCAAUUUACUUGAAAUGCUACCUAGUAGUAUGCAAGGCAUCUGAUUACUCAUCUCGAUGCUAUAAAGGGUGCUUACCUACAAAAAAUAGGGAUGUAACUGCGCUCCAGGAUGGCAUGACUGUUAUGGGAACAGUGUGGCUCAGGAAAGAAGGCAAAAAACAUGAACGGGAGAAGCGUGCAAUUCUCACAGAAGAUGAAGGCAUCUGCCCAUUUACUAUUAUUGCUAUGAUUUUGGUAGUCAUAGUCUUUGUUCUAGCUGGCUUUCUUCUGAUCAGUAAAUUGAUGAAGAAAAAAACCAACCAGAUCUACUGAUAUUAAUAUGUCACCAGCAUAACAAGGCUAUAGAUUUUACUUUAGUAUGUCCUGCAGCUAGCACAUCUGUUUCUGAAAGUGAUUGUUUUCUUCCAAGAAGUUAACAUCAAAAAAGUGAUUGCUUUCUUCCAAGAAGUUAACAUAAAAAAAUAACAUAAAUUACUGCAUGCAUCACAACCCCAUUGUCCAACUGCUAGUAUUUAAAAAGACAGAUUCUAAUCAAAAUUAAAUUAUUAUUUCAACUACUUUGGUUCAUGAUUAUUUUGGAAUGUCUGUAUUUUUUCCUGGCUGUUUAUUGGACAUUGUUAUUUAAUUAUAUUUAAGUGCUAUACAGAAUAUACAGAAUCAUGUAAUAUCCAUUGUAUUUUUAUUUUUUUAUUAUUUGCAAGCUGCAAAUAUUAGGUAUCUGUGGAGACCACAAGUUUUGGCUGUGUUACUUUCCAGUAUUUUGUACACUUGAUUUGCAUGUGAUAUUUGUCAAAGAAGAAA